AUAGUGAGGUUCGAUUUUAGCCCCGAGUGCUGGUGAAAAUAACAUAAAUUGUUUACAAUUAACUGCGAAAGAGAGUUGUUCAAUAAAUAUUUCUAUUAAAUGUAUUGUAACAAAGUCUGGACGAUUGGAUUGGGAACGGUAAACUAAGGCGAGCAUCCUUUUCGCUCGGGUGGCAGCAAAGGUAAAUGCAAUGAACAGUGCCGGAUUCGUCAAAUCCGAAACCGAUGGAAAGCGACCAUCCAAUAACAAGAACGGCGAUUGGACUUGUCCGGAGCCCGAUUGUAAGAACCUAAAUUUUGCCCGGCGUAACCAGUGUAAUCGGUGCGGUAAGGAGCGCCCGAACAGUGGUUCCAAAAAUGGGUCUACGGCUAGCGACUCGGACGGUGGCGGCAGCAGUAGCGCUGGAGGGAAAAAGAAAGUUGGCACAGAGAUUGGCAAGGCGGCUGCUGAGAAAUCGCGCGGACUGUUCAGCGCCGAAGACUGGCAAUGCAAUAAAUGCGCUAACGUGAAUUGGGCUCGACGGCACACAUGCAACAUCUGCAGCGCUCCACGAUUUUGCGACGUGGAAGAGCGAACCGGAUACGGAGGAGGAUACAAUGAUCGUGGUGUGGUCGAAUACAAGGAUCGCGUUGAAUCGGACGAUGAGUACGAUGAGUUUGGACGGCGAAAGAAAUCAAAGGGGAAACCGAAGGAACAAGGCAACAAUCGUCCAGCACAAAGGCGCCGUAGUACGGAUUCCGAGGAGGAGGUUGAGCAAAGAAAGGUUGCCCGUAGAGAGCCGCAGAAACGUAAACAAGCUGAUGACGAGUCAUCCGACAAAAGCAACGAAAACGAUGACGAAGAGGAAGACGAUGAGGAUGAGGGCAAUGACGACCUUUCCAAGUACGAUCUAUGGGGAUCCGAUGAGGAGAUUGCUGCCAAACCGGCUCCUAAAACAACUAACGCCUCCUCCAACCACAAACAAGCUGCUCAUCGUCACCGUUCACGAUCAAACUCCCGCUCAAAGUCUCCCGGUGUUGAUCGCCGACGCCGUUCGAGUGAUCAACGUUCAUCAUCGAAAUCGACCGCCUCAUCGGCUAGUCACGGACGGUCCGACACAAAACGCUCGAGCGCGUCCCGUCGGCAUGGACGGUCCGGUUCGCGGUCGUACUCACGCUCCCGGUCACGCUCACGAUCGCGAUCACCUCGAUCCUAUCGACGUAAUAAAGACAGAAGACGUUAAGGCAUUUGUUGCGCUAGCUUAUUUGCUGAGCAGCACUCAAUAUUGAAAUGCAAAUAAAUAUGUAAAUUUUAGAGUGAAA